AAAUUUGACAUUAGGUUUACCAAAUGACACAACCGCCGCACAUUCACAUAACUAUCACAAACACUCGCAGCAAAAUUAAGUUUAACAAAAAAGAAAAAACGAUGAAGCUGUCUAUACGCAUGCUGGACCAACGCACCAUCACUUUGGAGAUGGACGAAUCGCAGGAGGUGAGGGCUCUGAAGCAGAGAUUGGGCAAAUCACCCGAAGUCGCCAUGGCCGCGGAGAACCUUCAGCUGAUAUACAAUGGCCGCAUUAUGGAGGAUGCCAUGCCCCUCAGUGAAUAUCGUAUAGCCGAGGACAAGAUCAUUGUGUUGAUGGGUAAGAAGAGGGUUAUUGAGAGCCCGCCAGAAGAGCAGGUUGCCCCGACACCACCGUUGGCCGCUGGCCCAACUGUUUUGCGCACAGAGGAUGUGGCGCCUUCACUAGCUCCCAAUGAUCAAUGGGUGAACGAUCUCAUGUCCAUGGGAUAUGGUGAAGAGGAGGUACGCUCAGCCCUCCGGGCCAGCUUCAAUCAUCCGGAAAGGGCUAUAGAGUAUUUGAUCAAUGGGAUUCCUCAGGAGGUUGCUUCAGAGCAGGGAUUAGCUGCAGUCCCGAACGUACAGGCAAGUGAGCAACUGCAGCACUUAUUGGCAGAUCCUAGCAUUACACGGAUGCGUGAGAUGCUUAAUCAGAAUCCAGAACUAAUGCACCGACUGAUGGACAGACUGGCUGAAACCGAUCCGGCUACCUUCGAAGCCUUAGGGAGUAACCAGGACUUCCUGAACAUGAUUUCAGGCGGUGCACGUCGCACGAACGAGGUGGGACAUUUAGAGAUUACUUUAACCGCCGAAGAAGCCGCCGCCGUAGGGCGUUUGGAGGCACUGGGUUUCGAACGUGUGAUGGCCGUUCAGGCCUAUCUGGCCUGCGACAAGGACGAGCAGCUGGCCGCAGAGAUACUAAUCCGCCAGUCAGAAGAGGAUCGAGAUUAAUAAAGCGAUUGGGAGCACGUAAAUGCACCCAGAACAUAACCUAACAA